GAGAAGAUGGAAUGAUGAGGCGUAAGCAAAAAUUCACAGUUUGACAAGUUAAUGAUAAGGGUCAGUCCCACCUUCCAUCAGAAUGGACUUCGAAAACAUUCUUUCACUAGCAGCUCAGAACUCCAGCUCGAAACAGGUAAAGAAAAAAUAUAGUGCACAACUUGGCCCUCCAGUGAAAAAAAAGAAAGACAAAGAUGUGAAGUCAGAUGUGGUAAAAAAGUUAAUAGAAGAGAAAGAAAGAGAAAAACGAGAAGCUGAAGAAGCCAGAGAGAGGAUUAAACGUAAGAUCAGGGAAGCAGAGGAGCGGAAGAAGAGAGAAAAAGAAUUGAAAAUAAAAAGAGAAAAGGAAGAAGAGGAGAGAAGGAAAAAAGAAGAGGAAAAGAAAAACAGAUUUAGGAUCCCUAAGAAAGGGGAAAAUUCAUCAGGUGCAGAAAAGAAUGAGAUUAAACCGUCUACCUCAAAUUGUACAUCAUCCACAUCUUCACCUUCCUCAUCAAAUGGGAAAAGUUCAGAGUCCAAAAGACAGGAAACUGAAUUGAGAAAGCAGAAAUCUGAUAAGAAAAAUCCAAAGCAUAUUAGUAAAGUAUCAGACAAAGUGAAAAGUAUUUCUUCAAGAAAAAGUGGAAGUGAAAAACUUGAUCCUACUACAGUUAAACCUACAGCUCUCUCUUCAAAUCAGAGAAAUUCUCAUUUGUAUGAUGAAAUUGAAAAGAGAAAAGUCUCCAAUGAGACAGACAUUGAAAGAAAACGACGAGAAUUUGAAGAAAAACGAGCUCGUCUUCUCCAGCAAAUUAAAACGAAAGGCCUAGAGAAAGAAAAACCUGUUAUUUCUAAGAAAACAGAGAAGGUUAAAAGCAGUAAAGAUUCAGACAAAAAAUCAGAGAGAAAGAAAAGUGAAAAACCAUUGGAGCAAGUGAAAACUGUAGAGAAAUCAAGUUUGACAAACAGCAAAAAUGGUGCUAUCUUUGUUAAACCAGAUUCAAGUAAAAAAGUUUCUGUGAAUGAAAAAAUCAAAUCUCAUAACAGUGGAAAAAAAAUUCCACCUCCAUUGGGUUUUGGUGAUCUACUGAAAUUAGCUCAGGUCAAAGCUAGUGAACCUGUGACAAUUGAAAGUGUUAAAAAAGCAGAAAAGAAGGAACCUGAGAGAUUGAUGACAAAAGAAGAAAGGGAGCGCUUUAUGGAGGAGCAAGCAUGCAAAUAUAGAAAGCUUUCAGUACCUGGAAAACCCCAGUCAUCUGGGGAAAAGACGUUAAGUCGGAGAGAAAACAAUGAAAAAGUCUCCAAACAUUCCAGGGAUAAGCUAGUCAGGGAUAACAGGGAGGAACGCAGUGCUCCCAAACUUAAAGGUUUACUUACGAAUGGUGUGGGAACAAACUUACAAGCGUCCGGCAAGGUUAAUUUGACUUCUGAGAAGUCGCAACUGAAGCGAAAAUCAGACAUUAUGAGUUCUACUCACUCCCCCUCUGCAAAAAUGAUCUCAAAUUCCAAAUCAUCCAGUUCUCUCAGAAGACCAGGCGAUCUAUCGGAUGCAAAGAAAAGAAGACUAGACAGUCCAUCCACAUCAAAGUCAUCUCCUAGUGCAGGACCUUCAUCCACAAGGCCAAGUGGUCCAUCUGGCAGGCCUAAUGGACAGUCAUCCAAGUCAGCACAGAGUCAAAGAGCUUAUGACUGUGAGAAUGAAAAUGUCCUGGUGUGCGGGCCUCCCAGACCAAAGCCAGAGGCCGCAUUGAAUCCAUUUGAUCGUAUUUAUGGACAAAUCAAGAAAAAUAAUCCCAAACCAGAAAUAAGGAAGCGUCGGAUUGAGAGUGACGAGGAGGAGGAGGAGAGUGAGUAUGAUGAAGAGAUGGAAGGAUUUAUUACGGAUGAAGGCAGUGAUCUGGAGGAAGCUUAUAACCAGGACAUGGAUUACUCCAAACACAUCCGACAAAUAUUUGGUUAUGACAAGCGCAAAUAUAAAUAUGAAAGUGACAGAGACAUUGCCAAUAUGGAAUCUAAUUUUGCUCAACAAAUGAAAGAGGAAGCCAGAAGUGCAAGGCUUGGCUUACAAGAAGAUCUGGAAGAUAUCAAAAGAGAAGAAGAGGAGUUAAAGAGGAAAAUGGAAAAGAAGAAGAAGAAAUAAAUAUGGAGGACUGGGUUUUUGCAAAAGACAACUUAUUUAUGUUAUUGUUUGUCUCUGAAAUGUGAAAUAAGAUUCUGUCCUAUCAUGGUAUGAUUUAACCACAGUGCAAUUAUUUUGAAACUGCUAUUGUCUUUUUUUAUUUUUUUGGCAUUCAGUAACAUUUUCUGUUUCCUGGUACCUCUUAGGCUUGUUCUGUAGCUGAUAGGAGUUAGUACAAGGACUCUUUGCUGUCAAGUUGGUGUGUGGACUUGCUCUUUUCGUUUUUAUCAGGGCUUGAGUUGACUUGCUCUUUUGUUGAGGGGAUGAUGGGAGUAUCUGUGAUAUGUGUGCUUUUUACUUCUGUUGUUCGCACAAAUCGUGUGACUCUUAUAUACAUGUAUUUGGUGUGGUCCCUAUAGCAGAUUAAUAUAUCCAUGCCAAACAAAUGCUUAAGAGCAACGUUAAUUGUGCUUAAACAUGUUAAUUUUUUUUUCAGUGUCAAAAUAAAAUGUAUAAAAAGUGUAUUGCAAUGCAAAAUGUUAUGUUUGUAAACAAUGCUACAGUCUUUCAGUAAAAGUUAAACCAUAAUAUUUUACAAUUAAAACAUGCAAUUUUAGAAAAAUAUUUUAUGUCCGAGAUAUUAGUGGUAUAAAUUAAAUUGCUUCAAUAACUGACAAAAAUUACUGUAAUUUACCUAUUAAAACUAAAGAAUAAUGUUAGAAAGAAAUUAAAAAAGAGUUUGUGAUAUUCAGUCUGUUACUGCAAAAUCUCCACACUGUGCCAGGCACUUUGACUACUCUUGCAACUUCUGUUCAGAAUGCUUUGCAUUAGUUGCAUAUAUGCUGUACAAUGUAUAUAAGUAGCUUAUGAAGAAAAAAUCUUGACACAAUUAUGUCUCAGACAGCUUUUGUUCAGAUAUACAAGUAGUUUGAUUUUUUUCUUGUGCUUCUGUUUAAUUACUGAAAUUGAAUUCAAGUUUUUCAAAACAUUUAUAUAAUAGAAAGGCACUAAAAUAGAAAUCCAGGUCAUGCUAUUGGCAGUUUGAUUGAUUAAAAAUAGAAACAUGUAUAUUCAACAUUUCAUUUAGUAAUAAUGAGAUAAGUGGGUUAGUGAAUUAUAGACAAGAGCAGCUAUAACCAAACAUAUAUGUAUUCACCAGUUCUUUCCAAAUUGUGCAAUAGCUAAACAAAUUCAUGUUAUGGUAGUUUAGGAUGUUCAGUACUGUUUUAUGGCUACGGUACAUAACUAUCUUGUAAAUUUUGUUGACCUGGAAAUGAUGAUAUCUGGAUCAUCCCAAUUGGGUUAAUGUUUAGAAAAAAUUGGCUGUUGAUAUUAGAGUAUGAAAUAGUCUGUACUUGUUUAAAAUUAUGUCAUUACUAAGUUAUUCUGCUGUUAAAAUAGAUUUUUUCAUUAUAUACAUAUACUAUCUCUACAUGUGCUAAAUGUAUAUGCCAUUAUGUGCAUCUGGUCAUGAAAUUUUGAAUAUCUACAUGUAUAUAAUAUUUAGGAGCAAAAGAAUUGCUGGGUAUCUUAUUCUCAUUAUUCUUUUCAAAUGUAUGUUGAUUUAUGAACUUCAUAAUGGGAUCGAGUAAUUGAUGUACAAUGUACUUUUGAUUGUAGGUUUUAGAAAGUAUUUGAUUGAGACAAGUACGUUCUAGUACCAAUAUUUCACAGUUGUUUAUCAGAAUGAAGUUUGAAUGAUUAAUCAAAUGUUUAUCAAGAUGGAGAAUAAAGACUUGAAGAAAACAA